AAUGCCGAUUAUUACAUCUCAAUUUUUAUUUUUAUUAUAUUCCAUUUUCUCUCUCGUCUUUAAACGUUGAUCUUCUCCCCCACAGAAAAAGCGAGCGUUUCACAAAUCACAAAUAAAGUUGAUGAAUGUUGCCAAAUUGGAAAGAUAUCAAACGCAGUAAAGAAUCAUUAUACUCAUGCUUCGUAACCACAUUCCACGUUGGUAAGAAAGAGGAGGUGGGUCUUUUCUUUCCUUUUCAACAACCUUUUCAGGGUGCCAUUCCUCUAUUCUCGCCUUCUAGUAUCGGGUUUGAUUCGAAAGUUCUUCUCCUGAUUUGGGUUUCUGGAGAAUUUUUCUGGGUUUGUUCAGAAAUUGAGAGAAAAUUCAGAUUCAGAGAAGAGAAAGAUGGGUUUGUGGAGUCCAUUACUUCGUAUUUUUAGUGUGAUUUUUGGGUUUGUAGGUUUUGGUUUAGGGAUUACGAUUGGUCUCACCGUUGGUUAUUAUCUCUUCAUCUACUUUCAGCCCUGCGAUGUUAAGGAUCCUGAUAUCCGUCCACUGGCUGAGCAAGAUUCUGAUAAGCUUCAGCGACUACUUCCUGAAAUACCGCUUUGGGUGAAAAACCCUGAUUAUGAUCGUAUGGACUGGCUGAACAAGUUUAUUGCUCAGAUGUGGCCUUAUUUGGACAAGGCGAUAUGUAAAACUGCGAAGGAUAUAGCAGCACCUAUUAUAGCUGAACAAAUUCCAAAAUACAAAAUUGACUCUGUUGAAUUCGAGAAACUAACUUUAGGUUCCCUGCCACCAACUUUCCAAGGUAUGAAAGUUUAUGUUACAGAUGAGAAGGAGCUGAUAAUGGAACCAUCUUUGAAGUGGGCAGGAAAUCCUAACAUCAUGAUUGGUGUAAAAGCAUUUGGCUUGAAGGCAACUGCUCAGGAUAUAUUUCAGGUAUUGGAUCUUCAAGUAUUCGCUUCACCUCGUAUUACUUUCAAGCCCCUGGUGCCAAGUUUCCCAUGUUUCGCCAACAUUUACGUUUCUCUUAUGGAGAAGCCACACGUUGACUUUGGACUGAAGCUUCUGGGUGCUGAUCUUAUGUCAAUUCCAGGCCUUUACAGGUUUGUCCAGGAGCUUAUUAAAGACCAAGUUGCUAAUAUGUAUCUGUGGCCACGUACUCUGGAAGUACCUAUCCUGGAUCCAACAAAAGCUCUGAGGAAGCCUGUUGGCAUUCUACAUGUAAAGGUUGUAAGAGCAAUGAAGCUAAAAAAGAAAGAUCUUCUGGGUGCAUCGGAUCCUUACGUAAAACUGAAGCUCACUGAAGAUAAAACUCCAUCAAAGAAAACCACAGUGAAGCACAAGAAUUUGAACCCUGAAUGGAAUGAGGAGUUCAAUCUGACAGUUAGAGAUCCACAGACCCAAACUUUAGAGAUUAAUGUGUAUGAUUGGGAGCAGGUUGGCAAACAUGACAAAAUGGGUUUGAAUGCUGUUCCUUUGAAAGACCUUACUCCUGACGAGCCAAAGGAGUUCACUCUUGAUCUCCUCAAAGUGAUCGAUCCAAACGAUCCUCAAAAUGAGAAGUCACGGGGACAGGUCGUUGUUGAACUGACAUACAAAGCAUUUAAAGAGGAGGACCUCGGAAAAGAUUUUGAAGAUGAACAACAAGCACCUGCAGGAACACCUGCUGGGGGAGGUGUACUUGUUGUGAUACUCCAUGAAGCUCAAGAUUUGGAAGGAAAGCACCAUACGAAUCCUUAUGCACGUGUCAUUUUCAAAGGAGAGGAGAAAAAGACCAAGACUAUCAAGAAGAAUAGAGAUCCGAGAUGGGACGAGCAGUUUCAGUUUGUUCUGGAAGAACCUCCAACAAAUGAUAAGUUGCAUGUCGAAGUUUACAGUACCUCAGCAAGAAGUUUACUGCAUCAAAAGGAAUCCCUGGGGUACAUUGAUAUCAGUCUUAGUGACGUUGUCAACAACAAGCGGAUAAAUGAGAAGUAUAACCUGAUAGACUCAAAGAAUGGCCGCAUCUUGGUUGAGCUCUUGUGGAGAGCUGCCCCCCCAAAGUCGUAAACUCCUUUCGUUUCUUUCUAUACACAGUAGAUGAAAUGCUGCUGAUUUUUUUUUAACACUACUAGAGGAUGCUCUGUUUCUGUAAAUGUUGAACAUAAUGUUAAUUGCUAGUUGGGAUUAAAGAACUUCUCCAGGGUCUUUUUACAUUGGAAGUUUAGACAUAGAUGUCCAGAAACAACAGAAUUUCUUAUUUGAUAAACAACUGAAUUUUCUUUGUAAGAAAA